UUAAAGCUAGAGUCUUGACUACGGCGGUAAAUCGCAGCUUGAUGACGAAAACAGUUGAACGUAAAACUCUUUUGACAAGUUGUAUGUAAAAGAGGAAGACCGUGCAGCAGCUGAAGUCGGUGCUUUCCUAGGACAUGUGAAAUUAUUUCGAUCAUGAAGUGAUAAAAUUGCUACAGUAAGAGAAGAGAUUAUGCCUGGAAACAGGUUGGUUCCUGUUUCUAAGUAUGACAGAACAAGUAAAGCAACACAUUGGAAUUAACAGGGACGAUCAGUAUAUUCGCAAGCUACUGGGAGAAUGUCUGACGGCAGCAUUAGUGGAAAUCGUCGAGAAGAAACCCGAUGAUGCAAUAGAAUACCUCGCGCAGUAUCUGUACACAUUCAGGAAAAACAACCCACUUGAGAACGAAAUUCUCUCAGUUGCGAAGGAGCCUCAAUCUGAGCAGAGUAGAGUGGACUUGCUUGAUCACAGUUUCCAUGGAAGACAAUUUCUACCUGACCAGUUUUGUGUGCAGCUACCAGUUGUCCACCGAGAACUAGAUUCUGUGUUUAAACAAAUAGAUGACUUUUUUGAUGAUGACGAUGUCACGUAAUAAAAAAAUGCAGUUAGAGUCAUUAAAUAAUAAGCA